AUGGUGGGGAGGAAGACCUUCGGCCAGGUGGACAGACGUCUUCGCCAGGCCUUCCCUCACAACUCCCAGGAGGUCUUUGGAGGAUGCUCCUGUCUUCUCUUUGGAGAUUUCGGCCAACUUCCUCCAGUCAUGGACCUUCCCCUCUACACCACUGACUCUCGCUCCGAGCUCUCUGACCAGGGGAGAGCUGCCUACCAGACAUUCCAGCUGGCUGUGGUCCUGGACCAAGUCAUGCGUCAGGCAGGCCAGGGUCCAGAACAAGUCAAGUUCCGAGACGUCCUCCUCAGACUGAGAGAUGCCAAGGUAACAGUGGCCAACUGGAACCACCUCAUGACCCGCACUCCCACAAGAGUCCAGGAUCUCUCUCCCUUCUCCACUUCCCUCCACCUCAUCCCCACUGUCGAAGCUGUGGUGGAGUACAACGUGGCUCAGCUGCAGGCCAGUGGCCAGCCCAUUGCCACCAUCAAGGCAGUUCACACUGGACCCAAUGCAGCCAAGGCCCCAGCUGACAAUGCAGGAGGACUGGAGGCAGUCAUCUGCCUGGCCAGGACUGGAGAACUACCUGACCUGCCCAUCGCUGUCAUGGUCAGCUUUCACAGCUACUCCGGCCACACCUUCCCUGACGGCACAGUACCCAUCACUCCUCUUCGCCGCUCCUGGUCUUCCUCAGGAGGCCCAUGCUCACGUCUUCAGCUGCCCCUCAAGCUGGCAUGGGCAGUCACCAUCCACAAGUCUCAGGGUCUCACCCUGGACAAGGUGGUCAUCGAUGUCGGCAAGAGAGAGUUCUCCACAGGCCUAACAUUUGUUGCCUGCUCUCGUGUCCAUUGCCUCCAAGACUUGCUCUUUACGCCGCCAUUUCCUUACCAGCGGCUCUCCAGCCUCUCAAACAGCAGUCGUCUCAAGGACAGACAAGAAGAAGACCAGCGGCUUCUCUCUCUACAGCCAUCCACCACUCAGUACUUUACAUCUACCACCAUUUAA